UACACAUUUGGGGCAUGGAGAGCUCUGUAGGUCAGCGCUAAAAUUAGAAGCUUCUCCUUCCGCGACAGCAGCCAAACUGCGGUGCAUAAAGUCAUGUAAACCGGGGGAUACUCUAUCACAAGGGCUGGCAGCAAACACAUGUUUCCAUGGGUGACAUUUAACGCUGGGACUAGAGAGGCUCCGUGCGUAACAGGAACAGCACUGGAUCUACUGCUGCGCAAAUAAUGAGCAUUUGGUAGUGAUUUUUUAUUUUUUUGGAGACGCCAUAUGUACACAGCUUCCAUGAGUGUCUGCAGAAAUGUCUUUUUUAUCCAUACCAAGCCAGGAGGGCCUUUUCACCACCAUUAAAAUCGACAAAUCCGCCGUGAACGCAGAGAGAAACUGCAUGGACGACGAUGACGAUGAUGAAGACGAUGACAGCGAAAACGUGCGCCUCAUCCCCAGAUGCUCCCCGGUGCCCAGGAAGAGAGGCCACUCAAUUUACGAUGAAACCGCAGAGUAUUUACGCAUUCAAUUGGCGCUGUCCGUGCGCAAGAAGGUGCAAUUCGCCGACUCAACAGGUGGGGAUCUGGUGGAUGUGAAGGAAUUUGUUGCCUUUGACUCGGACAGUGAAGAGGAGAGCGCACGGUGGGAGGAAGAGGAGGCAAAGUAUAGGAAGCCGCAGAGGGAGCCCACUUAUCAUGUGCACCCAGAGUUCAGUGCGCCUAGCGGGGGGUCCCUGCUGCAGGCUGUGCACGUCAGCAAAGUGGAAGUGGAGCAGAUUUCCCCAGCAGAGGAUGAGCCUCUUGCUUUCAGUGGGCUGGUCAGGGUCCUGAACGUGUCCUUCCACAAAGCAGUGUACAUCAGAUCCACCAUGGACAGCUGGGUGUCCUACUUUGAUCACCCUGCAGAGUAUGUGCAGGGCUCUAAUGAUGGGAACACUGACCAGUUCUCCUUCAAGCUGUCCUUUGCACCUCCUUACAUCACUCACGGCUCUCGCAUUGAGUUUGUUGUGCGCUAUGAGACCUCUGAUGGAGACUACUGGGCCAAUAACUCCCAGAUGAACUAUGUGGUGACUCUGCUCCUGUCCUAUGAAGAUGAGUUGGCUCAGAAACACACCGACAUGCAGCAGUCAAGAGGUAUCCUCAAACCUCCAAAAGCCUACAGUAUGGAGGAUCCAUUCGAUUCAGAGGAGGAGCAGGAUAAAGACGAAGCAGAAGAAGCAGGGUCCUCCAGGUCAGCUCUGAACAGACCCCCACCUCUCUGCCCGGUCAUCAUACAGCCUGAGAUCGACAUCGAGAUUGCGGUUCACCCAUCUGCUCCCGGUGUCCCACCCACCCAAGAGCAUCCAUCUGCUGAUGGCUCACUGUCCGCUCUCACUGUAUCCCCAGGUGAACUAUUCCCGUGUAUGUCUUCCGAAACCACACUUCAAACUAAUUCAUCCUUUGUACUCCAGCCAAAUAAGUCACAGCCUUUACCCAGACUCCACUGUGAAUUAGGCAACCAAACGUCAGAGCAGCCCAUAGACGGAGGUCCCUGUGCACUACUGCCUGAUUCAAAUCCCUCUGCGAAACAAGAGUCAAGUCCGAGAUCACACAGCUCCCAGGCUUCCUCUCCCUCUGAGGCCUCAUGCAUGCAUCCUCCUGCCGUGGAGAUGAAUCUGUGGGAAGCACCAGGAGAGGACGAGUCAACCGACAGCACGGUUGAUCGUCCUUGUCUUGAACUGCCUCCAGAAUGUGUCUCUGCUCCCAGUGCGACCCAGCAGGAGGUUGCAGUGGGAAUUAGUGAACUUUCUGCAGGGGGUUACACCAGAUCUGCAGAAAAUCACGAAGCUAGCACGACCGAAAUCGUGUCUCCUGAGGCAGAAAGUGAGGAAUCUCUGAGAGAAGCAGAAGGUGAAGAUCCACCAUCGCCUGAACUCUCAGAGGCUUUUCAGUCGGCCUGGGAAGAGAUGGAAGAUGCUCCCGAGACUUCCCCUGACGCAUUAUUAGAGAAUCCACCAAACACAGAGGUUCCCAAGCUUCAUACUGAGCAUGACGCUAACAUAAAUCUGAUGCCGUCCGUCAUCUUUCUGAGUGGAGUUGUCACCCUCUCCAUAGUGUUGCAGGAACCCACCGCCCUGUUCAUCAUCGGGCUGCUUCUGAUCCUGCAUCAGUUUUAAUUAUGCCCCCAAAGUUCGUUCUCACGUUAAAGUGCCUUUUCGUGAUUCCACAAAAGCCAACAAGUAAAAAUAAAUCACACACAAGUCUGUCGUUGAAGUUGUUGUGUAUCACUGUGUGAGUUUUUAGAUAAGUAUACGUUUUCAUGAAAUGAAAGGGUACAAUUUAUGAGUGUUUCUUCAGUGUUUCCAAAGUAUAAUACAAGGAGGAAGUAAUUACACAGACAUCGGUCAUACUUUUGGUGAUAUUUAUGUGAAACAAGUGGUAAGUAAUACAAUAGUAGUCAAUUAUAACCCCAUUUCUACAACACUAAGGGCGCGUUCACACCUUUAUACAGUCUGUUUCACUCCUAAAGGUCCAGCUCCUGGUACAAAAGGAAAGCUCAAAAAGCCAGAAAAUGUAAACAAGUCUUGAUAGAAAUGUUGUUCAAUUAUUGGUUAUAAAGUUGGCUCCUCGCCGCGUAUGAGGUUCUCUCCUUUUUGCCGAUUUAGCAAUAAAUUGUAAAAUAUUACUAAUGUAGCGGCUGGCUAGUUAGCUAGCUAAACAGCUCAUUCUUGCUCUAAUGCAAUACUUGAAACUUGAACAAUUAUCCUAACAAAGUGGCUUCACAAUUGGCUAUGGCAUGGUGCUUUGCUGCGCUGUGAAAAGUUUGUCGGUGAAAUAUUAAGUUGUUAAAUGUUGGCGCUUUAAUUACUUAGCGGAUGGCUAGUUAGUUAGCUAGCUUUCUAUUUCAAGCAUGCUUAUAUGUCUGGUUACAGAAAAUGAGCCAUAUGAGAGGCAAAUGAUGUGCAACCAAAGGGUGUGAAUUAAUAAUGAAGUUGUUCAACUUUAGUCAUUCAGCAACUGGCUAGUUAGCUAGCUCGGCUGCUAAUUCCCCCAUGCUUUAAUGCUACGCUGGUUAGCCUACAGAAUAUAAGCGGAACAUCGGCUAGGAGACUUCAUAGCUGUGAGGGGGGAGGUUGUAGCUAGCAAAUGUUUGUGUCUUUUGUGAUCUUAUAAACAGUAAAUUCAUGUGCUGGUAAACCCACACAACUGGGUCACUACUUCCCCAGUCACUAUAACAGAAGAAAAAAAACCUGUAGCCUACGCUUCCUGUUAUUGUUUCAGUAAGAGAAUCCGGUGUUCACACUAAUCCAAAUCAAUAGCAGGAAGAUAAAGGCUUCGGUUAAACUAGACCAGGGGUGUCAAACUCAAUUUCAUCGCGGGCCACAUUCGCAUUAUGGUUGCACUCAAAGGGCCGG